UGGUACUUAGCCGUACACGGCAAUGCACACGUUUACACUGGUGUGUCAGAAGGAGUAUGGUUUACAUUGUAUUAAAAUGUUUGAAGUCACCACCACCAAUGUACUUUGCAGUCUGCAAUGACACGGAACUCUACAUAAGAGUUUUGUGAAGCCAGCCAACGAUUCAAGAUGACCACGUCGUGGAGUGACCGACUCCAGAACUAUGCAGACGCUCCCGCCAACAUGGACGGCAUGUCCAUGAAGAAGUACAGACGAGAAGCCCACCACAGGGUGUUUGUAAACAGAAGUCUGGCGAUGGAGAAGAUCAAAUGCUUUGGAUUUGACAUGGACUACACAUUAGCAGUCUACAAGUCUCCGGAGUACGAGUCCCUGGGCUUUGACCUGACGGUGGAGCGGCUGGUCUCCAUCGGUUACCCCCAGGAGCUGCUCAACUUUGUCUAUGAUCCAGCAUUCCCCACAAGAGGGCUAGUCUUCGACAACACCUAUGGAAACCUUCUGAAGGUCGACACCUAUGGCAACAUUUUGGUGUGUGCUCACGGCUUCAACUUCAUGCGGGGGCCUGAAACCAUGGAACAGUAUCCAAACAAGUUCAUCCAGCGUGGAGACACGGAGCGUUUCUACAUUUUGAACACACUCUUCAACUUGCCUGAAACCUACCUAUUUGCCUGCCUGGUAGAUUUCUUCUCCAACUGCUCAAGAUACACUAGCUGCGACACAGGCUUUAAAGACGGUGACCUCUUCAUGUCCUUCAAGAGCAUGUUCCAGGACGUCAGAGACGCUGUGGACUGGGUUCAUUUCAAGGGUACACUGAAGGAGAAGACGGUUGAAAACCUUGAGAAGUAUGUGGUGAAAGAUGGAAAACUGCCACUUCUCUUGAGCCGAAUGAAUGAAGUUUCAAAGGUGUUCCUGGUCACAAACAGCGACUACAAGUACACUGAUAAAAUCAUGACGUUCCUGUUUGACUUGCCCCAUGGCCCAAAAGUUGGGACUCCCCAUCGGCCCUGGCAGUCCUACUUUGACCUGAUCUUGGUGGACGCCCGCAAGCCGCUGUUCUUUGGAGAGGGCACAGUGCUGCGGCAGGUGGACACGACCACGGGCCGUCUGAAGAUUGGGACCUACACUGGACCUCUGCAGCAUGGCAUUGUGUACUCUGGAGGCUCCUCUGAUAUCGUGUGUGACCUGCUGGGUGCCAAGGGUAAGGACAUCCUCUACAUCGGCGACCACAUCUUCGGUGACAUCCUGAAGUCCAAGAAGCGCCAGGGCUGGAGGACCUUCCUCAUCAUCCCCGAGCUGGCCCAGGAGCUGCACGUCUGGACCGACAAGAGUGCUCUGUUCGAGGAGUUGCAGAGCCUGGAUAUAUUCCUUGCCGAACUCUACAAGCACUUGGACAGCAGCAGCAAUGAGAGACCUGACAUCAGCUCCCUCCAGAGGAGAAUUAAGAAAGUGACCCAUGACAUGGACAUGUGCUAUGGCAUGAUGGGAAGCCUGUUCCGCAGCGGCUCUCGCCAGACGCUGUUCGCCUCGCAGGUGAUGCGCUACGCCGACCUGUACGCCGCCUCCUUCAUCAACCUCCUCUACUACCCAUUCAGCUAUCUCUUCAGGGCCGCACACGUACUGAUGCCUCACGAGUCGACGGUGGAGCACACCAACGUGAACAUCAACGACACCGAGUCGCCCCUGGCAACGCGCAACCGCCACGCGCUGGACUUCCGCGAGCACGAGUGCAAGCGGCACCAGCUGACGCGCUCCAUCAGCGAGAUCCAGCCGCCACACCUCUUCCCCACCACCCCCCAGGAGAUCACCCACUGCCACGACGAGGACGAUGACGAAGAGGAAGAAGAGGAGGAGGAGGAGGAGGAGGAGUAAGGUGGUACAGGAGGAGGAGGAGGAGGAGGAGGAGGAGGAAGGCAGUGCAGGAGGAGAAGGAGUAAGGAGAUGGAGUAGGAGCAUAGAGGUAGAAAAUAACACUAGAGAGGACACCGCCCCCCCUUUUACGGCAAUCUGUAGCGGCCAUUAUCUGUAGGUAGAUCAGAGAAAUGGAAAUUAACGGAGAACGAGGCUCACCUCUGUCAAAAAUGGCUUAAUCAUGUGAAAAUGUCCAUCAACACACUAUACAAGGACAAUAGUUGAAGUGUGUUGCUAACUAUGUUCAUAAAAUAUAUUAUUUGAUUUUUAAAUGUAUUUUAUCGACUCAUAUGAUUUCAGUAGAUAUGUAGCCUGACAUUUCAAAUCUGGUCUUUGAUUAAAGUGUUACUUUAUAUUUACACAGUUUUAGUUAAUUUCUUGACAGGGGUGGGCGUGUUCUCCAUUGACUUGCAUUGCCUGAAAGUACAUUACCUACAGAAGUUGGGAAGCUCCAGCUGCCAUUUCCCAGUGCUGUCGCAAAUUGCUGUGUCCUCUCUAGUGUUAUUUUCUACCUCUAUGAACAGGAGCAAGAGGAGUAAGGAGAUGGAGGUGGUGGAGGAGUAAGGCGGAGGAGGUGGAGGAGGAGGCGUAAGGCGGUGCAAGAAGGAGUAAGGAAAGAAAAGGUGUUGUGUUUUUGCCCCGUAGACCUAAUAUAGAUGUAUAUAUGUAUUAUAUACAGUGUAUGUCUAUGGCUUUGGCUACUGGUCCUUAGCAGGAUUUUUAUUGGGGGGGAUUUAGAGGGGAAGUGACACGCAAACUUUUUUUAGGGAAGCAGGGGUGCAUUUGGCGGCAGUCAAUAUCUUUUUUUUUUCAAGUAUUUUUUGGGGCUUUUCAAACAUGUAUUGUUUAUGAUCAGACAGGACAGUGGAGGAGAGACAGGAAGUGAGUUGGGAGAGAGAGACGGGGAAGGGUCCGCAAUGAAUCCGGUCGGCCGCAUUGUAGACGAGUGUUUAAUUUUUGAAUGAAUGUGGAUGCAUUUUUUUGUUUCUUCCAUCUUCCGUCUUGCUAACCCCUGUGUUUCCUUGCCUGUAAAGGUUACAGGUAAAUAAUCUAUGGGGGGUUUUUGGCGUUCUUUGUUUUUAUUUUGUGUUAAAGGAACCUUAUGAGGACUGAGGAAUGUAUCUUGUUUUUCCUACUGGGAAACUAACCGUGGGCACCUCAUCGGUAUAGAGGUUGGGGUUGGAUAAUCUUAUCGGAUUGUUUUAAAGUUGCGUUCCUUGUUUUUAUUUCAUUUGAAAGCGGGAACCAUACGAGGACUGUUUCAGUGACCAAACUCUUCUUCCUUUUUUUUUUUGUUGGCACGUGAGGAAGUUUGGAAAUGGACCUGAAACUGAAACUUUUUGUUUUUUCUUUUGAUCUUUUCAACCUUUCGGUUACAUGUAUAGUUUUGAGAAAGAAUGAACUGCAUAUAUAUAUAUAUAUAUAUAUAUAUAUAAAAUAUUUAUAUAUAUUUUUGGCCACAACUUUUUAUUCGCUCUGAGGGGACACCAGUCAAAGUCGCUCCAGUUAUUGCCCUCCAAAUUAUGCAUGCAACGGUGUUAAAAGUGCCAGCCUUAGGUUUUUAUUUUGAUCAUAUGGAAAUGCAAUAUCAGUAUAUACAGUUGGGUCUGCAGCCUAAUUAGUCUGCAUGGGACUUCAUACGCAGCAGUUUGGUCAAUAUAACCACUAGAUCAUCCGCUAAAUCCACAAAACGACAAGUAUUUCUAACACUGCAAUUGGGCGCCUUCUUCCAUAGCAUAAAAUGAUGUAUUCAAACCAAACCCAUGUCAGUAACCUGCAAUGAAAUAAAUAGAAAUGUUGGAGUUGGUUUUCCAUGAAUGGAAAUGCUCGCAAUUGCAUAAUUGACAAGAUACAGUAUUGCGAAACCCCUCUCCACGGUUGGCAGACAUUUCAUCCUCAAUUCCUAGUUUGGAAUUGUGACGCCGCCUAUGUAAUAUUGUUGAAAAAUUUGCCUUUCGAGGGGCCUACAGCAACCUGUUGGCUAGGGCCCCCCGGCCACCUUAAUCUGGCCUUGCUACUAGUAUAUAUACUGUACGUACCUGUUGUCAGGUCCGUCUCCUCUCAUCUCGUCUGCCACCUGGGAUAAUUUUAGACGCCAAGUAGCACUGACAUGACUUGCACUCCUACGAGACUGGAAGAGAUUAUUAGCGUUUCGAUUUUAUUCUUUAUUUUUUUAAUCGUUCUAUGCUCCUUUGUAAAUGCUGAAUUUAUUUUUUUUGUUUUGUUAUAUUUUUGUGUUUCAUACAAAGACAAGUAUUUUGUGUGUAUAUGUGUGUGUUUCUUUUUCUUUUUCAAAUGAAAGGUCAUUAUUCCUUAUUGCAAAGGGGAGCCCUGUGAGUGUGAGUGGAUAAUGCAGUAGUUUUUUAUUUUUUAUUUGUAUUUUUUAAAAAGAAAUACACUCCCAUGUUCCCGUGACUAGUACUGAAACGAAAGAGUUGCCAAGACUGAUGGCGAUCAGCAAGUAUUAACACAGCACCACAGCAAGUUAGAUGACCAUGUCCACAUCCUCUUGCUGUGGCCUCACUUCCUUAGUAUAUGGUGAGUUCAGGUAAAUUGGGCCACUUUUUUGUGUGCAUAUAAGCAGAUAACCCAAAGUGGCCCAUUUUACCUGAAUUCACUCCUACAGUAGUGCAAAACUCACCAGUGGAGUGCAGCACAGACCCUUGGCCUGUCUCUGAAAUGAGAGAUUGCAAAGACAGUGCUGUGGAAGAACUGUAAUGGGUCCAGAAUCCUUCAGUAGAGAAAGAUCAUUCAAAGUCCGCCCACCCAAUGCAGAAUCUGCUUAAGUGUGGUCUCCUAAGUUGGCGUUAUCCCCUCCUUAUUCUUCUAUUUUUGUGAUGUUUGGUGGGUGUCAGCUUGCACGAUAUGUGCGCUACCGCCAUCCACAGUGCUAAGGGAACUCCAUUUAUUCUCAACCGCAAGACUGCAAAGGUCUCCUAACAGAAGGUCUCCUAAAGGGGCGUUCACCUGACAUUACAUGCAUCCCAGAAAAGUACGAGGCUGAAGUAUCUUACUCUUCUAGACGAUUCUUUGGUAAUGGGUCCAGAAUGCAGAAUGUUGAAAUAUUUUGAUUCAGGUGUAAUGGACCUGAUCUCUAAUCCAGCCAUCAUUGUCAGUCCAGUCGUCAUUGUCAUCAAUGAUCUCUGAAAUUAAUAGUUCCGUCUUCAAAGAACAAAUUGAGUGUGUAUUCCUGUACAUGCCUUGAGUGUGUGAAUCUUGCGUGUGUGUUGAGUUGAGUGAAUGUUUCAUAUGUGUGUGGAGAGUCCCUCAUAUACUACUGCAAGUGAUGGAUGAGCAUAUAGGUCAAGUUUUAAGAGAGGGCUCAGGAUGCCUUAACCUGCAGGGCCUUUGCUUUGGUUUGGUUUUCAUUUUGUUGGUGUUCUUUCGAUACUUUUAUUCGUAAGAUUUGAACGGUUGUGCAGAAUGCCUGCUUAUGGCUUAGUCUCUACUGCCAAGAGGAUAGCUUUCUUUGGUUAUGUUAUGUUGAACAUUAUGUUGUUACAAAUAACUCCUUCAUCAGGGUUUUAUUUUAUUUUUGGAAUGGGAAUGCGAGUAAUAUUAUAUAUGUCAAUUGCCUGCUGCUUGGUGUUUUUCCUUAUGUUACUGUUUCUUGCAAACGUUUACAAUAUUGGUUUCCCACAGUAUGUUCCAAAUAAAGAAAUAAAUAGAA